AUGCUGGGAGUUACAUGGGGCCUAUCUCCUGCUAGAAUAUAUUGGUGCUACUCAGCUAUAGUAAAGCCAAUAUUACUACACGGCGCUCUGGUGUGGUGGACUGCGCUAAGAAGACCGGCAUACAAAAAGCCUAUGGAAAGUAUUCACCGUCCAGGUGCACUUUGCACAGCAGGUGCAUUGAGAACUACUCCAACGGCAGCGCUUGAAAGAUUACUCAACUUGUCACCGAUUGGUAUUGCGGCGAAAUGCCUAGCAGCUAAAUCCGCCGUAAAACUCAGCGCGACAAGCGAAUUGACCUAUGCGAAAAAACUCGGAGGAAAAAUUUACACUUUCGGUUCAUACCGUUUGGGUGUACAUGAUAAGGGCGCUAAUAUUUAUGCCCUCUGUGUCGCACCACGCAACAUUGAACGCUCGGAGUUUUUUACGUCGUUCUUUGGAUUGCUAAAGAAACAGCCAAAAGUAGCCGAAUGUCGUUCAGUGGAAAAUACCUCUGUACCGGUCAUAAAAAUGAAGUUUGAUGGAGUUGAAAUUGAUUUGUUAUUUGCGCGUCUUUCACCCAAAGAGAUACCAGAGGAUUUUAGUUUACGUGACGAUAAUCUACUUAAAGAUUCAGAUCCUCAAUCGGUGCUCAGUUUAAAUGGCUGUCGAGUGAUUGACGAGAUAAUGGAGCUAGUGCCGAACAGAGAGAAUUUUCGCUUAGCGCUGCGGUCGAUUAAAUUAUGGGCAAAGAAGCAUGGAAUAUAUUCUAAUUCAUUCGGCUACUUUGGCUGUAUAACUUGGGCAAUUUUAGUGGCUCACACAUGCCAAUUUUAUCCAAAUGCAACAGCUUCUACGCUAGUCCAGAAAUUCUUCAAUAUGUUCUCGCGCUGGAGAUGGCCAGAUCCAGUGCUGCUCAAGCGAACUGACAUUGUCAAUUUACAAUCACCGGCUUUGUGUUCUCAUCUAAUGCCAAUUAUUACGCCCGCAUAUCCACAGUACAACUCCGCAUUUAAUGUGUCGGAGGCAACAAAGAAGGUUAUAAUUAAUGAA